GGGUGUUGUGUUCACAGAGGACUCAAACUCUACCGUGAUAGUUGGCUUAUCAGUUGCUCGACACAUAACUUAAAAUAUGGCUGUAUUGUCCAUUUGACACUUUUCUUAUUUAGUACUUUGCUAAUUAAUACUGCUCCUUUGUUGAUGGGUCUGGACAAGGAUUCUUGGCAAGUACAAGCCAGCGUUAUCUCAGAUAAUACACUUCUUAGAAGGUAUAUUGUCACCAAUGGAAAGGCCAUAUUACGUUAUGCUCUUCCCAUUCCUAUCGAUGAACCUAUAAGAGUAUUACAAUCAACUUUGGAACAAUUGCUUAUCGAUUUGCACUCACCUGGAAAAUCAGGUCUUUCGUUGGCUUGGAAGGAUAUACAAAAGGCAGUACAAAUCUUGCAUAAAAGUGAAGUUGAAAUAUUGUUGGAUAGUAGAAAGGAACAUAGAGAUGAAGCUGCCAGUGCUUUGGGAGAUAUCGAUCAAUUGCUCGGCAUUAUUCGAGAUAAAAUACAAAUUGCAAAAAAUAGUAAAAAGGCAGUCAAAGAUAUGAAAAAUGACAUUGCUAACGAGACAGAAACAAGUUUGGAUAAAAUUGCUCAGUUAGAAGAGUGGAUGGUUCAAGGAUUUCCUUAUCCAAUACCACACAAGUAUGAUUCCUUACCUCGAUUGAAAGGAAGAGCCACUGUGGAAAUGACGAUUACGAAAGCCAAUGUUGCAUUGAAUUCUUCACCUUUUAGAGAUAAGAAUGGCAGUCCAAUAGGAAACAGUAUCCAUUUAGUAAUUGUAUUGGAUGGUUAUAGUGCACCUUUGACUAGUGGAAAUUUUAUGCAAGUUUUAUUGAAUAACUUAUAUCAAGAUGCAACAGUAGUGGACAAGGAUUCAGGUUUCUAUUUGUUGAUUCAACCCAAACAAUUAUUUAUCGAUCCAGAUACUCAGAAACCUCGCAAUAUUCCUAUGGAAGUUUUGAUAGAUGGAGAUCCUUACCCUAUUUGGGGAAAGACUUUAGAAACUGCAGAUUUAGCUGAUUUGCAACCUGUUUUGCCUAUGACAGCCUUUGGAGCAAUAGCUAUGGUACAUUCUUCGGAAGAUGAGAACGAUGCCAAUUCCAGCUUCUUCAUAUUUACAUUGGAUCCCAGAUCAGAACAAGCCAGAAACAAAGGAGGAAAUAUUCUCAAUGGCAAUGUAGCUACUUUUGGAUAUAUUGUUCAAGGAUUAGAAUAUCUUCCCCAAAUUUCACCCAAAGAUAAAAUAACUUAUACUCGGAUAUUGAAUGGAAUAGAUAAAUGGGAAAAAGAAGGCGCUUUUUAACCUAAAAAUGUAUUUCUAUCCAACCAUUCUGUCCAUAUUUUACAAAGUAGAGGAAUACUUUGUUGAUAUCGACUAGGAAAUAGUUGUUGAGAUAGUAACCACCAUUUUAUCAUCCGAGACGAGUGUCCAUCCCAAUUGGGCAUUUGUUGUCUCCAAUCUUCAUACAAUCGUCUUAUGAGUGGAAUGUGAGGUACUUGCAUGAGUUGUAAAUACAUCCAUAGCCAUUUUUGAUUCCAUAAAGUUUGUUCAUCUUUU